AUGCCUAUGGAACUGGACUUCCAAAGAGGUAUGGUAGCAGCUAAUGGGCUGACUACAUCGGGGAGCCUGGUCUCGCCGCCGGGGCCCGACAGCAGUCUUCGGAGCAUCCCCAGUACUAUCACUACUCGGCCGGUCUCUGCCUUUGUCUUUCCAGACACCAGUUCGGCGUCCCGGGAAAUGGAGAAAGUCCAGCCGGUCACUGGGAAGCGGCGCGGUGGGAGUAGAAAGGCCUGCAACGAGUGUAAACAGCAGAAGGUGCCUGCUGCAGCGUGCUCGCGUUGCCGGCGGUUGAACAUUGAGUGUAAAGUAGAACCAAGCUUUAAACGCAUCUCGAAACGCAGACGAAAUGCGGAGAUGGAAAAGGAGAUUGCUGAUCUCCGACGUCGACUGGCUAAUGGUGAACAGCCAGCGGCUGGAGAUCUUCAUGCCAGUGACGAACUGUCUCAGUGCUCCGACGAGGUGUUUUGCCCGCCUGAUUCUGCAAUUUCGAACAGGAUACGGACAGUCUCGGUCCCCAUCGAGGCUCACCACUCCAUCCCGACUCCAUUGACGAUGAGAAGAGAUGGCUCGAUCGUUUCUCAAGACGACAAUCUUUGGAGGUUGGAAGACGUGUCCUUGUCAAAGAUCAGGGUCGCGAGACUCUUUGAACGUUUCUUCCAAUUCUAUCACCCUUUUCUCCCUUUGCUGGACCCCCAGAAAGGCCCAGAAGAGUACUUUCAAGUAUCCAACUUACUGGCAUGGACCAUCGUUUGCGUUGCCAGUCGUCGUGCACCUUUGGAACCUGGACUUUUGAGUUCUCUUUCGGGUCCAAUCAGUCGCCUUGUCUGGUCCACGAUUACUGGUGUCCCUCAGGAUUACCAUGUGGUUAAGGCACUCUGUCUUCUCUGUACAUGGCCCUUACCAACAACUAGUCAACGGACCGAUGCAACCUUCAUGCUGAGUGGUCUGAUGAUGCAGAUUGCGAUGCAACUUGGCUUGCACCGGCCCGUCCAGGCUGAGGAAUUUACCACCUUCCGGAUGGAAGUUCGGGGGGAGGAAAUGAAGGACCGCCUGCAAACAUGGAUUAUUUGUAAUAUCGUCGCACAAAACGUCGCCACUGGUUAUGGCCAACCCCCCAGCACAAUCUAUGACUGGGCACUUGAACCCGCAUCAUUGAAAGACGCAGACUAUCGGUUGCCCAACGACCUAAAGAUUCGACUUCGCAUUGAGAAAUUUUGCGACAGGGUCACCAAGGCACUGUAUAGCAGCAAGCCUGACCCAGCAGAGUUCAUUAGCUCGGAAAAGUUCCUGAUUAUACAACUUCUGGAAAAUGAGCUCAAAGAUAUGGAACUGGAUUUCGGUCGUAGUAUGACACAAAUCAACAUGAUUCACCUACGGGCAGCAGAGCUCCACUUACGAUAUUUCGUCUUCCUCGGGAACAGUUCACGGAGUGAUGAUCUGACGAAGCUCUUCAUCGCAACUACUUCUUUCCUUGGACGGGUGCUAGACCUUGAAACUGCUCCCGGAGAGCUCCUUGGCCAUGCUACUAAUUAUAUACUCCAAAUGAUUGUCUCGGCUGCAUUUGCUCUCAUGAAGUUGCUCAAGAGUGCAUUCAAUCGUCAUAUCGAUUUUGAGCACGGCAAACUGUUAUUCAACGGGGCUAUUUCGGCUAUUCGACGGAUCAGCGUCAUGGACCAUGAUCGGCCCGUGCGUUUGGCGGAUAUUCUCGCCCAGAUGUGGAAUGCAGGAACUCCAGGGUCUGCCAGCGAAGAAGAUGCUCUUCAACUCAAAGUUCGAUGCCGGAUGAGCAUGAGCCACGUAUAUGACACAGUCUGGCGUUGGCGACAGAGAUUCCGUCCUAUGAAGAGCGUAGAAGAUGUACAAUCUGCUCAAGCCAACCCCAAUAUCUCAUCCACAGGUCUUGCUAGACAACAUGACGGCUCCUUAGAUGGGUCAUCCUUAAUUCUCCCUCCACAAUUUGACCAAGGCCCUGCAUUUAUCAGCGAAGCAGGUUUCUCGGAGGUUUUUGAUUCUCUUAAUUGGGUUUUUGAUGGUAUACCCGACUCUUUUGUUGCUCCUCCAGUUAUCUGA